AUGAGCCUUCAGGGUCGUAGUUCAUACAAUUUCUUCACAGCUAGCGCAGAAUGCCGUAGGCUUGGUGGGACAGUUACAUCGAUCGGUUCAAUGGCAGAAAUGACUUAUGUAAAUGGUAAGUUUACAAUAUCUUCUUACCAUUUCUCCAUUUUCCAAAUUGUUGAGCAAAUUCAACAAACCAUUUUUUUAGGCCUGGUCGGCGCUGCUGCAUAUUGGAUUGGAUAUCAUCGUACAGGCUUCUCUUCGAAUUGGGAAGAUGGAUCGCCUGUAGUCUUUACGAAUUAUAGACGAGGGCAGCCAGAUGGAUGUUGUGGUGGUGCCGGAUGUACGCUAGUUAAUUACAGAGGUAAUAUGGGAGAAUGGGAUGAUGCUGGAUGCCACAUAAUAUGGCGUAUACCAACUUAUGUCGUUUGUAAGAGACCGCUUUCGUGA